AUGGCACUUAUAUCCCCCAGUAAUGAAAUAGCCCUACCUGCAGCUAUGAUUGUUACCCUGGGCGCCUGUGUGAUGAGAGUAGUCAGGAUCGGGAGUCCAGGGCUUCCUCAGAUUUUAACAGCCAGUCCCAGAAGAUCAAAGGAGGGUGAUGAGGCCUUGGUGAUGGCUAACAUCCUUGAGAGGAUGAUGGACAGUCCAUGGCCCAGUGCCCCCCCUCAUGGCAUCUGGGGCAUGGUCCAGUUGGCUUUUGCAGCUGUGGGCAGACUGUACCUCUAUGGACAUGCUGGUUACACCAGUAGCAUGACUUGGAGACCUCUCCCUCUUCUUUUGGGGGACAGGAUCCCUUCCAAUGCCCCUCCAGAUCACAUCAUAACAGAACCCAGCUCAAAAGGCAGAUGGAUUUUCACUUUGGUUUUGCAUCACCUUGGUCAUUUUGUCAUCGUUGAUGGCUUUGUGGGCUGCCUGCUUGAGACCCUCAAAUAUGCAAGCUAUAAAGUGGUCCUGAUUCUGGCUGCUGCCCUGGGAGUUGUAGUCCCAGAGGGGCUUAGGGCCAAGGACAGCUGCAGUGUAAGGGAAGCAGGGGGCCAGGGCAGAAUCCCAAGCUGGGGUGGGAAGGGGAAAGGAGCGGGCUCCCGAGCCUGGGCCUGGGCAGUGGCAGUGCCCAGCAUCUCCGAAAAGUGCUGCAUGACAACCUCCAGGGCACUACCAAGCCGUCUAGUGGCUGGCUUGCCACACUCGGGUCAAGCGUAUUUCCGGUCUGAAGAGGAGAAAGGGGAGCCUGGAGGGGAAGGAGAGGAGCUUAUGGAGGAGAGCCCUGGAUUUAGAGAGCGCAAGAGCCAGUCUACAGAGUCAAAGGAGAAAGAAUCUGGCAAUUUUGUGGCAGUUAUCAGAAUAGCUGAAAUAGAAGAGAUGUACAGGAGAAAUAUUGGAAAACCAAUGAAAGAUGGUGGACAGUUUUCCUUGCUGCUGCUUAACUUGGAGGAGUACUACUUUGAGCAGCACACAGCUAAUUAUGUUCAGCAUGUGGGCAGUCUCGAGGAAAGGAAAAUCAGAGGAUCUUUAAAAAUAUGUUCAAAAUCAGUUAUUUUUGAACCAGAUAAAAUCUCCCAGCCCAUCAUUAAGAUUCCUUUGAGAGAUUGUAUCAAAAUAGGAAAACAUGGAGAAAAUGGAGCCAAUAGACACUUUGCAAAGGAAAAAUCUGGAGGAAUUUUAAUCAUUUUCAGUCAGGUAUAUUUCAUUAAAGAACAUAAUAUUGUUGCACCAUAUAAAAUAGAAAGGGGUAAAAUGGAAUAUGUCUUUGAGUUGGAUGUUUCUGGGAAGGUCGAAGAUGUUGUGGAGACAUUGUUGCAGCUUCACAGAGCAUCCUGCCUUGACAAACUAGGUGACCAAACAGCCAUGAUAACAGCUAUCUUGCAGUCUCGUUUGGCUAGGACAUCAUUUGAUAAAAACAGAUUCCAGAGUGUUUCCGAAAAGCUCCAUAUGGAGUGCAAAGCAGAAAUGGUGACACCUCUAGUGACAAAUCCUGGACAUGUGUGCAUCACAGACACCAACCUCUAUUUUCAGCCUCUCAAUGGGUACCCGAAACCUGUCGUCCAGAUAACACUCCAAGAUGUCCGCCGUAUUUACAAGAGGAGGCAUGGCCUCAUGCCUUUGGGCUUGGAGGUAUUUUGCACUGAAGACGAUCUGUGUUCUGACAUCUACCUAAAGUUCUAUGAACCUCAAGACAGAGAUGACCUCUAUUAUUUUAUCGCCACAUACCUAGAGCACCAUGUUGCAGAGCACACUGCUGAGAGCUAUAUGCUACAGUGGCAGCGAGGACACCUGUCCAACUAUCAGUACCUCUUGCACCUCAACAACCUGGCCGACCGCAGCUGUAAUGACCUCUCUCAGUACCCUGUGUUUCCGUGGAUAAUUAAUGACUAUCAUAGCACAGAACUGGACUUGUCAAAUCCAGCAACCUUCCGGGAUCUUAGUAAGCCAGUGGGAGCCCUGAAUAAGGAGAGACUAGAGAGACUGCUGACACGCUACCAGGAGAUGCCUGAGCCAAAGUUCAUGUAUGGAAGUCAUUACUCUUCCCCAGGCUACGUGCUCUUUUAUCUCGUCAGGAUUGCUCCAGAGUAUAUGCUGUGCCUACAGAAUGGAAGAUUUGAUAAUGCAGAUAGAAUGUUCAACAGUAUCGCAGAAACCUGGAAAAACUGUUUGGAUGGUGCCACAGAUUUCAAAGAGUUGAUUCCAGAAUUCUAUGGCGAUGAUGUCAGCUUUUUAGUCAACAGUCUAAAAUUGGAUUUGGGAAAGAGGCAAGGAGGGCAGAUGGUGGAUGAUGUUGAACUUCCCCCAUGGGCCUCAGGUCCCAAGGACUUUCUCCAGAAGAGCAAGGAUGCACUAGAAAGCAAUUAUGUGUCUGAGCACCUUCACGAGUGGAUUGAUCUGGUAUUUGGCUACAAGCAAAAAGGGAGUGAUGCUGUUGGUGCCCAUAAUGUAUUUCAUCCACUAACUUAUGAAGGAGGUGUUGACUUGAACAGCAUCGAAGACCCUGAUGAGAAAGUAGCCAUGCUGACCCAAAUCUUGGAAUUCGGGCAGACACCAAAACAGCUGUUUGUGACACCACACCCUCGGAGAAUAACCUCCAAGUUUAAGGUCCCCAGUUAUAAUUCUUUGGUAGAAGAUUCUCCAGUCUCUCCAGGUGAAGAGUCUUUUGAAGACUUGACUGAAGAAAGCAAGUCACUGGCCUGGAAUAACAUCACUAAGCUGCAGCUGCACGAGCAGCAUAAAAUCCACAAAGAGGCAGUUACAGGAAUUGCUGUCUCUCGCAAUGGAUCUUCAGUCUUCACAACAUCACUAGAUUCCACCUUGAAGAUGUUCUCCAAAGAAUCCAAAAUGUUGCAAAGAAGUAUAUCAUUUUCAAAUAUGGCUUUAUCAUCGUGUUUACUUUUACCAGGAGACUCCACUGUCAUCAGCUCUUCCUGGGAUAACAAUGUCUAUUUCUAUUCUAUAGCAUUUGGGAGAUGCCAAGACACAUUAAUGGGACAUGAUGAUGCUGUUAGUAAGAUCUGUUGGCAUGACAACAGGCUAUAUUCUGCAUCAUGGGACUCUACAGUGAAGGUGUGGUCUGGGGUUCCUGCUGAGAUGCCAGGCACCAAAAGACACCAAUUUGACUUACUGGCUGAGCUGGAACAUGAAGUCAGUGUAGAUACAAUCAGUUUAAAUGCUGUAGGCACACUAUUGGCUUCAGGCACCAAAGAAGGCAUAGUGAAUAUCUGGGACCUCACCACUGCCACUUUAUUGCACCAGAUUUCAUGCCAUUCAAAGACUGUAUGUGAUACUGCUUUUAGCCCAGACAGUCGCCAUGUCCUCAGCACAGGAGCAGAUGGCUGUCUAAAGGUGAUCGAUGUGCAGACAGGAAUGCUUAUCUCCACCAUGACAUCAGAAGAGCCCCAGAGGUGCUUCAUCUGGGAUGGAAAUUCUGUUUUAUCUGGAAGUCAGUCUGGUGAGCUGCUCGUUUGGGACCUCCUUGGAGCCCGAAUCAGUGAGCGAAUACAGGGCCACACAGGUGCUGUAACAUGCAUAUGGAUGAAUGAACAGUGUAGCAGUAUCAUCACAGGAGGGGAAGACAGACAAAUUAUGUUCUGGAAAUUGCAAUAUUAAGUGCCUUUUCCAUUUCUUUUUUUUUUUUUUUGGUUAGUCGUGGGGCUUGAACUCUGGGCUUGGGCAUAUAUCCCUGC